CCUCACAUCUCCUCUCGCCUCUCGCCCUCACGCUUCUCUUCCUCGCGCGCUGCCUUCACUGGCGCAGCGCGUACGUCUCGCGCUCCAGCUGCAGCAGCCAUGUCCGGCAUGGCACGGCCGCGCGAUGCCGAGUACUACUCGUCUGCCUCCAGCGCCUCGGGCUCCGACGACGACGGCGGGCGCAGCGGGCGGCCACAGCGCAGCAAGGAGGAGGCGCUGUAUGGCGUCUUUGCCGAAGAGGACGAGGCGCCGAAAGCGCGUCGCGGCCUCGGCGGCGCCAAGAGCAAGGGCCAGGCGAGAGGCAGGCCCAACUACGCAGCCGGGCAGGCCUUCGUGGCUUCGUCAUCAUCGGCAGGGCCCAGCGGCUCUAAGCGUUCAGCGCCAUCAUCAUCCUCAGCCUCAUCGCGCUCCUCCUCUUCGUCUUCCUCGUCGCGCUCUCUCUCACCCGCCUCGCGGCUGGCGCGAGAGCCGGCAACGGCGCAGGAAGAGCUCGAGACGCGGCCUGCAUUUGGCGCGCUGCCGCCGACAGCUGCCGAGGCCGAGGCACGGCGGCAGGCCGACUCCAAGGAGGGCUUCGAGCCGGCGGGCUUCAGCGCCAGCAGGGGCGAUGCGGGAAGGGGUGGGAUCGGCAGUCGUGGCGGCAUAGGUGCGCGGGCAGGGCUAGGCGCAGGGGAGCCGCCAAGUCGAGGCGGCAUUGGAAGCAGUGCCGGUGCCGCAGCUCCCCGCGGUGGCAUCGGCAGUACCGCAGCGCCGGCCCGCAGCGGCAUCGGUGCCCGUGCGCCCGACGCCAUGGACAUCGACGACGACGACGAUGAUGAGCCAGCGCCGCGAGCAGACCCUGCGCUCUCUGCGGCUGGCGUGCCAUCCUCGUUCGGCGCCUCAACAGCUUUCCAGCCGAAACCCAAGCCCAAGCCAUCCUUUCUGCGCUCGGCGCCCGCCAAGCCCAUCGCGCCGGGCCAUGGCGGUGCCUUUGCCUCGAUGAUGAUGUCACGCAUGGGCUGGUCGGGCGGCGGCCUAGGAAAGGAGGGAGAAGGCAUCAUCAACCCUAUCGAGGUGCAGCAGCGGCCGGAGCGCUCCGGUAUCGCCUUUGGCGGCUUCCGCGAGAAGACGAAGCAGGCGAAGGAGGAGGCACGCCGGAGAGGAGAGGCCGUCAGCGAGGACGAAGAGGCGCCGAAGGAGCGGCGACGCGGCAGGGAUCGGAAGGAGAAGAAGGAGAGCGGCGAGAUCAAGGUGCAGGCGUGGCAGCGCACGGAGCGCAAGGCGAGGAAGCCCAAAGUCGAGCACCGCACGUACGAGCAGAUCCUCGAAGAGGCCGGCGCUGCGCCUCCUGCCGGCGCCGACAUGGGCCCGAUCCUCGACGCUACGGGCGCCAAAGUCGUCGAAGUCUCGUCGCUCUCGCAGGCGCUUGCCAUGCAGGGCGUGCCGUCCGCCGAUACGACGCAGCUGCCGGAGCUGCGACACAACCUGCGCCUCAUCUGCACCAACAACUCGAGCCUGCUCAAGGGCCUCGCGCAGGAAGGCACGCGUAUCCUUGAACGCCGACGCUGGCUUAUAAGAGAGCGCGACGAGGCCGAGCGACGGAGAGUCAAGAUAAGCGCUGAUGCGCAGAGCCUUCGUGCAGCGUUGGCACUGGUCAGGCAGCUGGAAGGCGUCGCAGCCGAUGCGAGCAGCUUGGAAGCGUUCGAGGCCGUCGUGGGCAAGAUGGAGCAGUCGGCGCAAGAAGUGGAACAGUUCGGGCUGGACGAAGCUUUGGUCGGCGCUAUCGCGGCAACAUUCAAGCGCGAGAUGCAGGACUGGCAGCCGCUCGAGGAUCCAAAGCGCUUGACGAAGCAGCUGAGACGCUGGCGUCGCGUGCUACGCAUCGAGAGCCCGGAGCAGAAGCGCGAAGUCGAUGCGUAUGGCAAUGAGCGCAAGGCGCCCAGCAACGAUGCGGCGCGCUCGAUGCGCCCGUACGAAGUGCUGCUGUGGACGCUGUGGAUGCCGCCGGUGCGCUCUGCCCUCAACAACACCUGGCGUCCGUCGUCGAGCAGCGGUCACACGUCGGCAGCUGCCAUCGCGCUGCUCGAGGCGUGGACGCCGCUGCUGCCGCGCUUCAUCUACGACAACCUUCUUGACCAGCUGCUGCUGCCCAAGCUGCGCGCCGCCGUGGCCGAGUGGGAGCCGCGCAGCAAGACGCCGCUCUCGACGAUCAUCUUCCCGUGGCUGCCUGUCCUCGGCGACCGCAUGACCGAGGUGAUGGAGGACGCUCGGCGGCGGCUGCGCUCGUCGCUCAAGAGCUGGCGUGCCAGCGACGGGGUGCCGGCCGAUCUCUCGCGCUGGCAGGACGUCUAUGCGAGCAAGGACUGGGAAGCCAUGCUCCUCUCGCUCGUGCUGCCGAAGCUCUCUGCGCAUCUCAAGUCGCUGCGCAUCAAUCCUGCAGCUCAAGACCUGGCGCCGUUCGUCGCCGUCAUGCAGUGGCGCACGCUGCUGCGGCCGCUCAACCUCAGCCGUCUCUUCGAGGCCGACUUCUUCCCCGCGUGGCUCUCGACGCUGCAUCUCUGGCUCACGCAGCCGGGCGUCGACUUCGACGAGGUGGCGCAGUGGUACUCUUUCUGGCGUGCCCAGUUCCCGGCCGAGGUCGCGGCACUGCCGGGCGUCAAGCAGGGCUUUGCACGCGGCCUCGACCUCGUCAACCAGGCGAUGGAGGCGCCCAAUGCUGCUGCCCGCACCCGUCUGCCGAAGCCCGACACGACGCCUUUGUCGCGUGCCGCGUUUGCAGCCGCCUCUGCUCCAGCGCCGCCGCCGGCAGCCGCAGCGCAGAGCGAGGCCGUCUCCUUCCGGCGCAUCGUCGAGGAGGCGGCAGCCGCGGCCGACCUGCUCGUGCUGCCGCUCGACAAGUCGCACCCGACCAACGGCCUGCCGCUCUUCCGCAUCGCGCGCGGCAUGGACAAGGGCGGCGUCGUCUUCUAUCUCGACGACGACGUCGUGUGGAGCCGCGAUGGCGAAGACUGGGAGCCGCUGGCGCUCGACGACCUGGUGAAGAAGGCGCAGGGAGGCAAGCGAUGAAUGCAAUGCAGGGUGAUAGACGAGUGAG